AUGCUGCUGCAAGUAUCAUGGGUACGACAUCGUGAUAUACAUCUAUUAACAGUGGGACGAUAUACAUACACAUCAGAUCAAAGAUUUCGUGCCAUACAUCAGCCACAAACCGAAGACUGGAUAUUACAGAUAAAAUAUCCACAGCAUAGAGAUUCGGGUAUAUAUGAGUGUCAAGUAUCCACUACGCCACACAUGAGUCAUUAUAUACAUCUGAAUGUUGUGGAACCCUCUACAGAAAUUAUAGGUGCCCCUGAUCUUUACAUAGAAAGUGGCUCUACUAUAAAUCUAACCUGCGUUAUUUUAAAUUCACCCGAACCGCCUGCCUAUAUAUUUUGGAAUCAUAAUAAUGCGAUUAUCAACUAUGAUUCACCGCGUGGCGGUGUUUCGGUUGUUACAAAUAAAGGCGAAACAACGACCUCCUUUCUAUUGAUCAAAUCUGCACGGCCAUCAGAUUCUGGCCAUUAUCAAUGCAAUCCAUCGAAUGCUAAACCAAAAAGUGUAACGGUUCACGUGCUCAAUGGUGUUUCUCAUUCUGUUUCCAGGGGAAUUCCCAGCAGCAAUGCAGCGCGCGGGACUAGCACUUCAUCGAAUGUCUCAAAGUCAUUAUAUCUUAGUGUACCUGUUAACGUACUUGUUUACCUUAGCAUAUGUCAGGCAAUACACAAAGCUACCGGCUGUAGUGUGUCGUGGUCUAAAAUCGGUGGUCAUGUGAUAGAAACAUCCAUAAAAUUGUUAGGAUUUCUGCUACUGACACUGAUGGCUGGCUUUUUCAGACUAUUAAGACAGCAAGCUAAAACAACAACAACGUACAGUAAUAAAAACAAUAAGAAAUUUAUAACAACAACAGCUGAGACAGUGGGUAGCAACAAAAGUGAAUAAAAACAGUAGCAGUAUGGAUUCAACAACAUGUUGUUAUUACAUGCAAUUGCGCGAAAAUUAUCAUAUGACACGUACAGCAUUACAAUCUUCUACUAACACCACCUCUAGCAGCAACAGCAUCAACACGAACACUUCAACAACAGCUAUUGUUAGAUCUACGUGUAAACGUCAAUCAUUGUCAGCGCCUUCAACAUCUCCAUCAACGUCGUUUUUGUUGUCGUCGUCGUCGUCGUCGUCAUCAUCAUCAUUAUCACCAGCAUUAUCUGCAGCAUACACUCUGUCUUUCGCUGUGGAUAUUUGGUGUUACCUAUUGUAUUCUAAAGAAUAUAAUUUAUUUAAAAAAGCAACAUCAGCAACAGUUACAACAACAGCAUCAUCAUCAUUUUCAUCUACCCCCUGCUUGUUAAACAAUUGUUGUAUUUCAUCUCGCUGCUGUUGCGGUUGUAUUUCAACUUCAUGUCGUCGUUUAGCUGUUAUUAAAUGUUUUUCUCCACUACUUCCCUCAACAAUUUCAGCAUAUUUCUGUGAAUCCGAUAUAAGGUGAGUCCA